AUGGCACCCCACACUCGCAACCAAGGAAAUCUCCCUGAGAAUGAGAAUAACGGAAAUGUGGGAAACCAGGCACCGAACGGAAACCCCAAGACUUUGACCGCAUUGGCUGCUCAACUGGUGGACCUACUGAAGAUGGGUGCAAAUGCUAACCGAGAGGUGAGACAGAAUGAAGAAGAACAACGGGGUUGUACUUUCGAACAAUUCAAUAAGCAACACCCCCCUAGUUUUGAAGGACUUCCGGAUGCGGUGGCUGCAGAGAACUGGGUAUUGCAGAUGGAGAAGCUAAUGGAGGUUAUGUGUUGUACGGAUGAACAGAUGGUCAACUAUGCUACUUUCAAAUUAACAGCUGAAGCAGAACGUUGGUGGACAUCAAAGAAGGACCACCUGCAACAACAGGUAGGCGUAGGCGUACCAAUCACCUGGAAGAACUUCAAAGAUGCAUUCCUGGAACGCUUCUUUCCUCAGUCAGUUCGACUGGCUAAGGCACAAGAAUUUACAGACCUGGUGCAAGGGUCGUCGACAGUGGAGCAAUAUGCAGCAAGGUUCAUAGAACUAUCACGGUUCGCGCCGUACUUAGUACCCACGGAAGACCUAAAGGCAAGAAAGUUCGAAAGGGGCUUACAGCCAAGGAUCAUGAACCAGGUGGUUGCAUUCGAAAUUGGAAAUCUAACGGAACUUGUCAACAAAGCGUCGGUGGUGGAGCGGACACUGAAUAUCAAUGCAGAGCACUUCAACCAUAGAAAGAGGAGUGCUCCACAAGGGAGUCGUUAUGGUGGAAAUUCCCAUGAUCACAACAAAAGAAGAUUCAACCCAACGGGUGGAGGAAACACGGCCCAUCAGCAGCCCCAUCAUUAG